ACGUAUGGAUUUUUACUGCUGACCUUCCAUUGUUUAGUAAUGGCAUGACCUCCGGCAUGGGAGACGGCGGGUUGGCCUACCCACCUGUGUUCGUGGUGGACAGUCAGGCUCGCUACCUGCCACCCCCCGGACCUCGUCCGUACCAGAAGAGCCCCAGACAGACCCUGCUAUAUCUGCUGGUGACUUUGGCACUUGUCGGCAUGGCUGUGGAAGCCUGUUUCAUCUACCAUCUCUACCAACAGGGAACCACGGUGCAGAAGGACACCAUGAAAGCAGAGAAGUCCACGCAAGAUUUAAGUGACGUUGAAGUCCCCUCGAAAAAUAAAGCGGCCAUGAACCCCCCCAUGCCUUCCGCACACUUAACAGGCAGCUCACACCUCCCAAAAGAUGACGGGAUUCUGAUUUGGGACACAGACGGAGGAGAUUCGUUCAUCCAUGAGAUGGACCACAUUGCGGGCAAGCUCUACAUCAAGAAGGAGGGAUUCUACUUCAUCUAUUCCAAGGUCUUCUUUGCCGAGACGCCUGUUAAGGUGUUUGCCCACACGGUCAUGAAGAACAGCCCUCGACUUCCUGGAACCAACCAGGAGGUGAUGCGGUCCCGGAGGUACCCGGGCCAGACCAAGGACCUCUCUGGUGUGCACAACAGCUAUCUGGGAGGGGUCUUCCUCCUGCAUGAGGGUGAGGCCAUCUUCGUGGUGGUUCAGAACCACACCUUGCUCCGGAGGCAGAUCCCUGCCGACAACUUCUUUGGAGCCUACAUGAUAUAGGUGGGGAACCAGUAAGAGGGUCUGGAAAUACCCUGGCAGUGGAAUUUUUUUUAAGCAUCAAAAUCUUAAGCAUGUGGGACACUGCGGAACAAGGCAGUGUGUCGUUCUGUAAAGGACCAUCAGAACGAAACAUGAAAAUGAAUACUUUAGUGGUCUCAGUGCUGGUGGGAUUGACACCAAGUAAUAAGUGUGAGUCUCAGCAGCAGCUCUUUUCAAGGCCUGCUUGCCGCAUGCAGGCUUUGCUUGGGCUUCCGGAAAAUUCUGACUUUUCCCUAAAGGCAGGGCAUUGCACGUGCUGCAUUCUGGGCUGUGGGGAUGAAGGUUUCAGCACCCAGAGGGACAUUAAUUAAUUCUUCCACCGGAUACCACGAUGCCAGCUGUUGUGUGGACAUCCAGUUGUAUGGGUGGACUGUAGACUGUAUUUAAGAAAAUAAGUGCAGCCCUAGUUAGGAGUUUCUGCUUUAUCAAUAAAAUGAUUGCACUUUUAUAACUCAUUCAUAACUUUAUUUGUAAACAUAAAUUCAAAAGGCAAAUGAUCUGAAAAUCGGACUUUAGGCUUUAAUCGGUCUAAGAUUUGUGCAAUACAGCAGGGUGUCAGACUGUACUGUAAAAGGUGUGAACGUUGACAAGACGUAAAAAUGACUAAAAGGAAAGUUACGACUGACAUCCUGUUUAACGAAAUUCAUCAAUAUAUUGUAAUUUGAGGUUGAAAUUCACAAGAAUAAAAAUGCUCGUAAAAUAAUUGUGCCUGCUACUGCAGCUUUAUUAAAUUCAAAUAAAUAUAUAAUAUGCUUG